AUGGCGCCGGACGUUCAAUACAACACAAAGCAUCCUGUGUACCCCAUUCUUCAACAGAUUGGUAAAGAAAUCACCCAUCAGGUCAAACCAAAGGCCGUGGUCGUCUUCUCGGCGCAUUGGAUGGGGAAAGAGGACACCAUCCAUAUUAACAAUGCAAUCAGUGCUGACCUCAUCUACGAUUUCUAUGGCUUCCCUGAUCACUUUUACAAGGCCAAGUAUCCCAACAAAGGGAGCCCUGAGCUCGCGAGCAAGAUCAUGGUGAUGCUUUCAGAAGCCGGGAUCCAGUCCUAUGGAAUGAAACGUGGCCUUGACCAUGGCGUGUUCUCCGGCUUCCACGUUGCUUUUAACCCUGAAACAAAUCCUUUGAACGUUCCGCUGGUCCAGGUCUCUUUGUUCAAGAGCGAAGAUCCUCAUGCUCACUAUGCCCUUGGCCGCGCCGUCUCUGCACUCCGGGAAGAAGGAAUCGUCAUCAUUGGUGCUGGGAUGUCAGUACACAACUUGCGCGACAUGAAUAACAUGUUUGAGGGUAACACAGAACCACUCCCAUACGUUGUGAGUUUUGACAACGCCCUCAAGGAGGCCGUGGAGGCCAAACCUGAUGUCCGCGAGAAAAACAUGGCUGCGUUAUGCAAGAGAGGAGACGCAAAGCAAGCACACCCUUUCAUGGACCACCUCAUGCCUGUUUUCAUCGCUGCAGGCGCGGCAGGCGAGGAUAGGGGGAAACAAACUUGGACAUUGCAUGAGGGUAGCUUCGGUUGGUCGCAGUUCCGUUUCGGUGACGUCCCUUCAUCUUAG